CCAUUUCCAGGAAGCUUCCUCCGUUUCAACUCUUCCGUACACACUAAUCAUAUAAAUAUGAAGCUGUACGUGUAUAAUGUCUAUAGACGAUAAAGACUGAAACUUUCUCCAGAAAUAGAUUCACCACUUCUUCAACGUUACCAAAAGGUCCAAAACUACCCUUCUCUGAUCAAAUGGAUUGUUCAUUCAUAAGCAGAGACGAUCUCCAAAGAAUGUUCAAGAAGCUCGACAAGAACCAAGACGGGCUUGUGACCCUCCACGAGCUCCACUGGAUUCUUGAGAAACUCGGUUGGCCCGAACACACUCCCGAUGAGCUUGAACUGAUCGUUGGAAAACAGAGCCUCGAUAUAGACGAGUUUCUUCGGUUCUACAACGACGCCGUUUUAGAUAGCAAAGGAACGAAGAAGAAUACUGAUGAAGCGAUUGCGAGGGCGUUUAGUGUGUUUGAUGUGAACGGAGAUGGUUAUAUUUCUGCUGAGGAGCUUCGUGAUGUGUUGGAACGGCUAGGGUUCGAGGAGGAGGCAAGGGCUUGGGAUUGUGGGAGAAUGAUUCGAGUUCAUGACAAGAAUCUUGAUGGUUACGUUGACUUUGAAGAAUUCAAGAACAUGAUCUUACAUGUCUAAUGAUGAUAAUACACAUGUAACAUGUGUGCGUAUAGUCCAUUUACAUGUUUGAUGUGUUUUGUGUAAACACUGUAAAGUAUAUAUAUCUCUGCUUAUGUGAUGUGUUGAUGUAUAAACAACUAUGUCUUUGGUAAUGAAAUGGCUCUUCUCACUAAGCCAUUGGUAUAAGUGUAUGGAUGAUCCUUUUCAAUGUGUUAUUUUCAUUCCAGCUUAAGCUAAAAUGUAAGAAU